AUAUAGUGUAAUAUUUCACAUAUUUGCUAGAAUUUGAUUUAGUUUGGGCCUUUUCCAUUUAAAGGGUUUUUGUGGCCGGAUUGCGCGAAAGGAACAGUGACAUAAGUGAAACAGAAAUUGAAAGAGUGCUUGAAAGUGAUUUCGCCUCUUGGUUCGAACAAUAUGUGAAAGAUCCAACUGUCUGUACUAAUCCGUUUAUUCUGAGUCUCGCAAAGGGACCGUGUAGAAAGGUCACCACAUAUAAGGGAUACUAUGUAAAUGGCUUCAAAUUUCUGACUCAGGAAUAUGGGCGGGAUCAACUUACAAUGAAUAGCGGUGUGUGCGUAAGGGGAACAGAAUAUGUUGAGGGUGAAAAUGACUUUUAUGGAGUGCUAACGGACAUAAUUGAGUUAGAGUAUCCAGCUCUACCAAUGAAGCAGACCGUCAUUUUCAAAUGCGAAUGGUUCGACCCUACGGAUACAGGCACAAACACUACCAAUCGAUACAACUUGGUAGAUGUUAAUCACAGACGCAGGUACAAUAAAUACGAACCGUUCAUUUUGGCAGAACAGGCUGACCAAGUUCACUACCUUCCAUAUCCAAGUAGAAAACGGGACAAAGUAAAUUGGUGGGCAGUUUGCAAAAUUAAGGCACGAUCAGAACUUGACAUGCCCGAUGCAAUUAUCCCGGCCUUUCAAGAUGACAUUGAAGAAAAUCCCCUUAUAGUUGAAACGGACGACAAUCCCACAAAUUUAGCUGACCUGAAUGAGGUGGCGGACGAAGAUGCGUUGCAAAUCCCUCCUGCUAAAGAUGAAGAAGAAGAAUUUCCGCCAUCCUCAUCAGACGAAGAUGAAGAACAACUUGACUGACGUAUUUGAUAUUUUUGCAGUUUUUGUUAGUUGUAUUCAUUUAUUAUUGUAAUGAAUUAGUUAUAUUAUUAAAUGUAUUAAUUAAUUUAAAUAUAUGAAAUUGUUAACAAUUAAAA